GUCUUCAUUCCCGUCCUGGGCAUUCCCGUCCUGGGCAUUCCCGUCCUGGGCAUUCCCGUCCUGGGAAUACAGGUCAAUCCAACAGAAUAGGAGCUGAACGCAUGCCGAGCCAUCUACAACAGACGACGACAAGACGAAUACCUAUAUAAAGGGCUCAAAUCUCCCUCUUCCGUCCUUCUUGCUGAACUCGCAACCACGCAUAUCACACUCGCCAGAUCGCACAGUCACAAGAGACUGAGACAAAUACAACGCCUAUCCUCUCACGCCCAGUAGCCAACCCGUCAUUUGCUCCUCUCGAUUACACGCUUUGCCCGUCCAUCCCCUCGCCCUCACAAGAAACCAUGCAGCCUUCACAACCCGCCGCCGCCGUUCCCUUCACAAUCGACGGCGUCCAGCCAGGCAUGCUCGCCUUCCCCGACUCGCCGGACCUGUACCGCAUUCGUCUCCAGCCCGCGCAGGCCGCCGCGGCCGGGACGGCCAUCAAGUACCUGGUCGCCCCGAACUCGAGCAAGGUCUUCACCGGGCCCGACGCUCACAUCCGCCGCUACGACAACCUCGCUUUCGACAAGGUCCCUCCCGGCGACUGGGUCGUCGGCCGGCUCGUCGUUGCCGAGGAAGGUGGUGAUGACAGCCGGGGGGGCAAGCUCCGGCUCGCAUCGACCGAGGCCGAUGCCGUCGAUGCGCUUGAGGGCCUAGGACUGUACAGCGCCGGACCCGCCUGGUGCAGCACGGCCGUCGAGGAGGGGGACUGCCAGGACGCUCCGGACAGCCCGCGCUGGACCACCGUAGUCGACGCAGCCGGGAAGGAGAUCAGCGUCCCCAAGCCCACUGACCUUCAGUGCAUGGGCUACGUCUCCGCGUCCAUCAUCGCCGCGCCCACCCGAGAUGUGACGGAUGCGAAGGAGGUAGUCCGCGUGUCAGACUGGUUGCCCGGCCACUGGGUUGGCAUCCGGAACGAAGCCCGCACCUACGAGAUCAUCCAGUCGCGCGACCCCGGGCUGGCGCCGCGCUUCCUGGGGCACAUCACCGAGAACCGCUCGCGGGUGGUCGGGUUUCUGCUCGAGCGCAUCCCCGACGCUCGCGAGGCCGGCCCUGCCGACUUGGAGAAGUGCAAGACCGCCCUAGCGCGGCUGCACGCCCUCGGCAUCGCGAAGGGGCAGUUGAGCCGACACUCGUUCCUCGUGCGGCACGACGGGUCUGUUCUGAUCCAGGGGCCCUUCACCGGUCCUCCCGAGGAGGUUGGCGACAUAAGCGAGGCCAUGAAGACGGAGAUGGAGAGCCUCGAGAAAGUCCUCGCCCUGAGCCCGUCCACAUUUGAGGCCCAGUCGGCGAGGAUGCGCAGUCUGAUCGACCCCCAGAGGAUAGAGCUGCUGGGCGAGUUUGAGAAGGCGCAUGGGUUUGUGGUGCCUUUUGUGUACUGGCAGGAGUCUCGCGAGGGCGGCGGGCGUAUCACACUUACGGUCGAACAGCACGGGGUGUUGGCAAAGGAGUGUCGGGAGAAUGGGUUCCGCUGGACGAAAGAGCUUCAGGAGCAAGCGGAAAGGCGGUUCGGGCCCUCCGUAGAGGCCGUCUGAGGAUUUGAGGUUCGGUUGUUUGGAAAGUGCGAGGACCGGUUGGAGGCGUAGGAGGACAUGGGUUUUUUUAUUUGGGAAGAAAUAAAUUUGUGAUUGUCGUCCGAUUAGUCUCCUUUCCGGCUAUAGUUGUAUCUAAUAACAUGGCUUACAAAGUUGACCAAAGGUUAAGGUAGGCUGAAAUUCAUGGAAAAUUUAGUCAAUCUAGUCAAUUCAGAAAUCUUUUCUAGUAGUUUGUAUAUACACUUGGCAUUAUAGCCCCUAUUUCGCGUGCAUUGGGAAUGGGAUUUCUUGCAGCUCC